AUGGACGAAUCUCAUAAAAUGGGCUUCCUCGGAGCCACCUCCUACGUCAUCGGCAAUAUCAUCGGCUCCGGAAUCUUCAUCACACCGGCCUCCAUCCUCCGAAAUGUUGACAGCAUCGGACUGAGUCUCCUCAUCUGGGUGCUCUGCGCGGUUAUCGCCAUACUGGGUGAGUUGUGAACAGAACAGAGUCCCAUUUUUCUGUUCGUAAGAGAUUUCCAGGUGCCAUUUGCUACAUCGAACUUGGCACUUCGAUUCGGGAAGCAGGAUGUGACUUUGCGUACAUCUGCUACGUCAAAUGGUACUCGAUCGCGUUCGCAUUCAUGUGGGUCUCGGUGCUCAUGACCUACCCGGCGACCAUUGCCAUUUGUGCCGAAACAUUCGGACAGUACCUCAUUGAAGGACUGAAACAGUACUACGAAAUCGAUGCGGCGUGGGUGCCAACGUGCCAAAAGUUGUUUGCGUACUCGUUAUUAUGUAAGUAAAGAAUAUCUUCUUCUUGUCCUGCACCCACUGCUCUCCCACUUUCCCCAUGCUCUUUGUUCUCAUCCGUAUCCGAUUUCUUUUUUUUGCAGUUCUUGUCACAUGGAUGAAUUUUUUCGAAUUGAGCAAGUUCGCCGCUCGCUUCCAAAUCAUCGCCACUGUUGCCAAACUGUUCUCCUGUUUCCUUAUCAUUGCCACUGGAUUCUACUUUUAUUUCUUCAAAGGUACUUAUGACCUCAUCACUUGAUGAUACAAAUCUAUUUCAGGAUGGACGGGGUAUCUGAAGAACCCAAUGCAGGGAUCAAACUACGAAACGGGUAAUCUGAUUCUCGGUUUCUACGGCGGCCUCUGGGCGUUCUCCGGAUGGGACGUUCUCAACUACAGCACUGGAGAGAUCAAGCAUCCGAAGAGAAACGUGCCGUUUGCUCUUCUCACUGGAAUCAGUGUCGUCACCGCCGUCUACGUCGCCAUCAACGUCGCCUACUUCGUCGUGCUCGAUGUCGACACCGUCAAGUCUUCGGACGCUGUCGCUGCGGUACCAUUCCUCACGGCCCUCUCAAUUCAAUAGUCCACUUUCUACUCACUUUCAGAUUUUUAGUCGUGAGACUCUCGGCGGCUUCGCCAACGUCAUCCCGUUCCUCAUCGGCAUUCUGCUCAUUGGAUCGUUGAACAGCAAUCUGUUUUCCGGCAGCAGGUACAUGUAUGCGGCAGCCCGACAAGGACAUUUGCCAGCUUGCUUCUCGUGUGUCAACGAAAUGACGGAUUCUCCAAGAGUCGCCGUUCUCGCACAGGUAACUCGUUCUCUUUGUUAUCCGGCCACUUGAUCCAAGUGCAGAGUCUGCUCGCCCUGAUCAUUUCGUACAUCGGAGAUUUGGACACCCUCAUCACCUACGUCAUGUUCGGCUUCUGGGCUCAGAGAAUCUUCAGUCUCGUCGCCCUUCUCAUCAUUCGUCACAACCACAUUCCAGUGCAUCCAGACGCCGUCCGAGUUCCCCUUUUCUGGUAUCACAUUCCUAAUUUAAUACUAACACUAUAUGUGUCUUUUCAUUCCAGCAUUUAUCUGUUCCUGGCAAUCACAGUGGCUCUUGUCAUCAUUCCGAUCUUUCAAGAGUUCCAGUCAACUGCUCUUGCCAUCGCAAUCUGUCUCUUCGGAUUCGUCCUCUACUACGUGUUCAUCUACAAAGCCAACUUUCCAAGAUGGAUGAUAGCUCUUAAUCGUACGUUGCACGAAAAUAAUUAUAUUAACCAAAUAAACGUAUUUCAGAAAAGGUCACUUUGUGGUGCUGCAUUGUGUUCGACUGUCUGCCGGAUGUAAAGGGAGGUGUCCAACUGCUCGCUUCCGACAGUUCACAGGCGUUGCUCUCUAAGAGGUUUUAUCUUUUUAAACAUGUUUCGUCCAUUUUCUAGAUCUUCCAGAAUGUCUUCCACCCGUCUCUCCGAUGACAGCCUGCCGGAUCUUCAUUCCGACGAAAAGAACAUAAUGCGCAGGAACGGAAGUUCAGCAGGGCUCAAGAUGUUGUAAGUGUUCUGUCCGUCUUUUUAUUCAGCCGUCUCCCGAUCCAGGAUUUCCAGCGUGCCUUCUUCGCUCGUCGACCUCAUCAGCGACGUCCAGUAG